AUGAGUAAAUUCGGUGCCGAAUCCGAGUCGGAAGAGAUAGCGCUAGACGCGAGGCAGUCUAGUGUGAGUGAGGAUACAGACCGUUCGCAUGCUAUUCUGAUGCAGAAAACAGACACGGGCCUGAGUAGCGUUGGCGGAAAAAUGCGACUUCAAAUGAUUGCGCAAAGGGUCAUAAACAUUAACAGAUUGACCGUGUCUUCCGAGAAAUUCUGGGAGCCGGGAGCCGAAGCCGGUGUUGAUGUUAAUAGUAUGGACUUUAACGAUAUCGAUGCGAAAUGUAGGAUAUUCUGUGCGGAUUUCAGCAAAAGCAAGUAUGCCAUAGAUGAAAAUCUGACAAACAGUACAAUCAAGUCGUUCCUCAAAAAAAAGCGGCCCGAUUGGAGUAAAGUGAGAUGGAUUAAUGUUGACGGCGUUUCCUGGGAUAGGAUUGUCUCCACGAACCGCAACGCAAGUAAUCCUUUACAAUCUGCUGUUGAGAGGGGGAAAGCAUGGUCUCCGAACAUGUGUGCUAAUGACAUGGGCCCACUGCCCUUUUCAAUUUGCAGUCAAGAUGGAGAAAACGUCUCGGAAGAUCUGGUCAGUGCACCGGGUCAUGAUUCGAAAAGUGCUUCUCCGACAAAUUCUCGCAAGAAUUUAUUGGAACACGGUCAUCGCGAAGGUAGUAAAUACUUGGAGGCGCACAAGCUGCUGAGGAAAGAAAAAUUGAACGUUAUUGUCGAGCAUGUUAGCAUUUUUAUGGUUUCUGGAGGCACUCUUAUUACUGUAUUUCAGCAUGGUGGGACAAGUGUCUAUACCCCAAUUCGCAAUAGGCUACAACGCACGGGAACUCUUUUACGAACAUCAGAAGAUGUCAGUUUGCUUAUGGAAGCUAUCAUAGACGCGAUUGUAGAUCUUGCUCUGCCAAUUACUGACUCUUACCGACACCAAAUUGCCGAUUUGGAAGGCAAAAUAUUGAUUCGGCCGAAAAUGCAGUAUACUCGAGAGCUUCACAUCAUUACUGGUGAGCUGACAUUGCUCAGGAGAACUUUGGGACCAAUACAGGGUCUAGUUAAUAAUAUGAACCUGCAUCAUGAUGAAAACCAUUUCAUUAGCGAGAUGGCAAAAACUUAUUUCACAGAUGUGCUGGAUCACUGUAAUACUAUAGUGGAUGAUUUAGAUACGAUGACUACUAUAUCUGAGAAUUUGAUCAACAUGACUUUCAAUGCUAUUUCAUACGAGACGAACGAAUAUAUGCGCGCUGUUGCCCUAAUGACUGUUAUUUUCUCACCAAUGACUUUUGUGGCAGGAUUCUUUGGGAUGAACUUUACAAACUUUCCUGAACUCGAUAAUGGACUUAACUAUUUUUGGAAAUGGACUGCCAGUUUUACGCUUGCAAUAACGUUGAUGUUUAACUAUAGGCCUUUGGUUCAGUUAGUUCUGAGAGGUGGUAGAUUUAUUGCACGGAAUUGGAAUCAAAAAGUCCGAAAGUCGAUAUAA